AUGGCCUCGAAAGACGAAUCGUCCGACAACUCCAAGGUAAUCAAAACUGAGCCCCUGGACAACAAAGACGCCAAAUGGGCAACGCUUGUGAAAAUCACCUACACUGACCCCAAAGGUGUUGAGCGCACAUGGGAGUCUGGGGAGCGUCUCACUCGACCCAAGGGAUCCGACAUCGACGGCGUCGGUGUUGCAGCAAUUCUUCAAGACCCGGCGAAACCAAACGAUGAGCCUCGGAUCAUCCUCCAAAAGCAAUGGCGCCCACCAGUCAAUGCGACCGUCAUAGAAGUUCCAGCUGGCUUGAUGGAUCCCGAUGAAAGUCCGGAAACCUGCGCCAUCCGCGAGCUGAAGGAAGAGACGGGGUACAUUGGGGAACUCGUGUCAGACAAGACCUUUCAAACUACUCCAAUCAUGUUUAAUGAUCCAGGUUUCUGCAAUACCAACCUCAGAAUGAUUCACGUCACGGUAGACAUGUCUCGGCCGGAGAAUCAAAACCCACAGCCGGAGCUCGAAGAGAACGAGUUCAUAGAGACAUUUUCCGUUCCGCUUAAAGAUCUCUAUGAUGAAUGCAUCAGAUUCGCGGAGCAAGGAUACGUUAUCGACGCAAGAGUUGGCACACUGGCGGAAGGGAUAGAGUUCGCAAAGAGAUGGAGGUUGGCAUGA